AUGCUAUCAUUUGCCUUCUUCUGCUUGCAUGAAACAACUCCGAUAUCGAUGAGAAAAAGAGAAAAUCUCAAUCAAAAUCCCAUGAGAUGCCUUAAAGCAAAGGAAUGCUUCAGAUGUCAAAGCAACCCCCUCAAGAUAAAGCCAGAACGCGAAAAAAGAAAUAAUUUUCAUAGGGAUUUUCCUAGUUGUCAUCUUACAAGAUGA